CAGCCGCUGCGGGGGACCCAGGAAGAGGGCGAGGGGGCUGGGCCGGGCCUGGUGCGCUGCGGCCGGGCAGGGAAGCGAGCAGAGCCGGGCAGCAGGAAGAUGGCAGAGCCGGAGAUUCAGCAGCUGCUAGGCGUGGGGCUGAUUGAAAAAGACACCAAUGGAGAUGCUCUGUGGGUAUGGUGUUAUCCUUCCACGACAGCUGAAAUGAGGGAUCUAUUGCUGAGAAAAUGCUGCCUUACAGAUGAAAAUAAACUGCUUCACACCUUUGUAUUUGGCCAGUAUAGAAGAUCAUGGUUCUAUAUCACAACAGUGGAAGUUCAAGAUUCUUCAGUCUUGAAAAAGGUGACUCACUUUUCUAUUGUUCUGACUGCCAAAGAUUUUAACCCGGAGAAAUAUGCUGCCUUCACUAGGAUAUUGUGUAGAAUCUACCUGAAACAUGGGAGUCCAGUUAAAAUGAUGGAGAGUUACAUUGCAGUUCUUACAAAGGGGAUCUGCCAGAGUGAAGAAAAUGGAUCUUUCCUCAGCAAAGAUUUUGAUGCCCGAAAGGCUUACCUUGCAGGUUCAAUCAAAGAUAUAGUAUCUCAGUUUGGUAUGGAAACAGUUAUCCUAUUCACUGCACUGAUGUUAAAGAAAAGAAUUGUUGUAUAUCACCCAAGAAUAGAAGUCAUCCAGGAGUUUACCAGGACUCUACCUGCUUUAGUGUGGCAUCGACAGGACUGGUCAAUUCUUCAUUCGUAUGUUCAUCUAAAUGAUGAUGAACUGGAAGCAUUAAAGACCUGCACAGGUUACAUUGCUGGAUUUAUAGACUCCAAAGUGAGCAAUAGACUGGAUCUAUAUGAUGUGUAUGUGAAUUUGGCAGACAGUGAAAUUACCAUUUCCCGGCAAGCGAAAGAGGCAAUGACAAUGGGAAAAUUGCACAAAGAAAUUGGUCAACUCAUUGUUCAGGCUGCAGAAGAUCCAGAUAAAUCAGAUAGUCAAGUAAUUAAGGAUAUUUCACUGAAGACAAAAGAAAUUUUGACUAAUCUGGCAUCAUUUACUGAAGUUUCUGAUGAUGGUGAGAAACCGACACUUAACUUUGAAGCCCUAAAACAAAAGCGAUAUCCACCAGCUACAGAAAACUUUCUUUAUCAUCUAGCAGCUGCUGAACAAAUGCUUAAGAUCUGACUUUCUUGAUAUACUUCACUGUUGUGGACCAAUAUGAAACUAUUAUCUUUGCCAUAAAACUAUGACUAUCUGCUACUUAUAUAAAAAACUAAAAGUAGCAAAGAAAAUGUUACAUUUUAAUGAUGUAAUGCAAAAUAUAGACAUACGACCCGGAACAUGCAGCUACACAUUAGGACAUAUUUCUAGUCUUUUUACUUUUCCUUGACUCCGACUUUAUACACACAAGGGCAGAUACUCAAAAACACAGCCUGAGUUGGGCACCUGACUUGUGUUUGUGCCUUUGAAAUCUUCCCCCUUACUCUAUAACAUUAUAGAACUGGACGUACUGGUAUAAACAAAUUGAAAUCAGAUACACUGAAAGUAACACUGAAAACUGGAAAAUGGUUAGAGCAGUAAAACUAUACCUGUUUGUCUUGUUGCAUAGCCAUAAAGUAACAGGUUUUCAGUAAGCAGUCUGAAACUAACUUUGCUUUGUAAUCUUCUGGGAAGAACUUGAAUUCUUUGUAAGGAAACCUACUUUUUGAGCCAAACAUCCAAUGUUUCUGCAGAAAUGUCCAUGAAACCAGUCAAAAGGUUCUGCAGUAGCACUUUUGUUAUAUGAAAAAUCGAACUUUUUUUUCCUGGCCUUUGCACAGAUGGGUGUAGCAUGUGGUUUUACAUAGAGAUUUUAUACUUAAGAUCAAAAAUUUAGUAAUCCAUAUUUAUACUAUUAAAAAUUGAAUGUUUGGUAUCUUGAAGCUGUAAGAACUCAUAAUUAACUAUGUACAAGCAAUAUUAAUUUGAGAAAGAUUUUUGUUUAUGUAUUGUAAAGUAAGGAAGUCUAUUUUAGAAUAUGGAUAAGGAAUUAGGUAUCUAUAUAUAAAAUAACUACUUAUUGCAGUUAGUCCGAGAGAACUACUGCUACAAUCCCCUAUUUUCAGGGGUGUAUAAUCCUACUUCAGAUAUUUACUCGAGACAGAAACUUUGCAGUUAGUUUAGACACAGAAGCAUUUUUUAAAUGAAUGGCAUAUUGACUGUGUUUUGAAUAUCAGGACUCUCUGACUUUUUUCCAUUUGUAUAACUUAAGGGGUGUUUUUAAUAGUCCAGAUAAGUUUAAAGAUCAUAUAGAAAGAAACACAGUUUGGGCCUGAGCCUUAUGUCCAUUGAAGUUAGUCUUUCCAUUGAGUUCAACAUGUUUUGGAUCAGGUCUUGAGCAUCUCUAUAACUGCAGGGUUAGAGUGAAAAUUUCUUUCCAUGGAUUCUUCA